UCUAAUUUAUUCAACUUCAUUAAAUCCUACAUAUAUUUUUUAAUAUUGUUUUAAUGAACUUUUGAUUAUUUUUGUAAUUAACAGAUCAACAUGUCUUCUCAAAUAAGAAUAAUAAUAAUAUAAAUGAUUUUGAGUUACAAUGGAUAGAAAAUAUUCCAAAAUGUCCUAUAUAUCAUCCAACAAUGGAGGAAUUUGAUGAUCCAUUUCACUAUCUCCAAACCAUUUCAUCUCAUGCUUCAAAAUAUGGUAUGUUCUAAUAAUUCUCAUCUUCUUUUUCGAUGUCAUUUUCUAACCGAUUUGUUUUGAAGUUUUUUAGGAAUUUGUAAGAUUGUUUCUCCCAUAAAACCUUGUGUUGAAGCCAAUGUUGUACUCUCAAAAGAGAUUAAAGGGUUCAAAUUCGAAACAAAUGUUCAACCUCUUCGAAUUAAGGAUUCUAAGGACAAGUUCGCCUUUUUUAAGAGAGGAAGGUAAUUUUGUAUGUUGACAUUAUUUUUUGUGAUGAAUUAAGUGAUGAUUAUUUGAUCAAGUUUCUUUUUUUAUUUUCAGAAAAUAUACUUAUAGAGAAUUCGAAACUAUGGCUAACAAAGUGUUUGUUAAGAGGCGAUUUCAGUCUUCUAAUUCUCUUCUUACAGAAAAGAAUUUUUGGCAUGAAAUGUUAAUUGGAAAAAAGGGUUGUUUUGUUGAGUAUGGAAUCAAUAUUGAUGGAAGUGCUUUUUCAUCUAAUCCUAAUGAUAAUCUUGGAAGAAGCAAAUGGAAUUUAAAGAAUCUUUCCAAGCUUCCAAAUUCUACACUUCGUUUAUUGGACAGAGUUAUUCCGGGAAUAACAGAUCCUAUGCUAUACAUUGGCAUGUUAUAUAGUAUGUUUGCAUGGCAUGUUGAAGAUCAUCAUUUAUACAGCAUUAAUUAUCAUCACUCUGGUGCACCAAAAACUUGGUAUGGAGUGCCUUGUGAUUUCGCCUCUCGAUUCGAAAAAAUCGUCCUCAAUCACAUCUACAAUGGCGAAGAAAAAGAAGAAAUUGGUGUUUCGAAACUUCUUGCAGAGAAAACAACAAUGUUUCCCCCAAAUAUUUUGCUUCAAAACAAUGUACCUAUUUACAAAGCUAUACAAAGGCCAGGGGAAUUUGUAAUAACAUUUCCCAAAGCAUACCACUCUGGUUUUAGCCAUGGUUUUAAUUGUGGCGAGGCGGUGAAUUUCGCGAUUGGCGAUUGGUUUUCUUUCGGGGAAGAAGCUAGGCAAAGUUAUGCAUUACUAAGAGUUUUGCCUAUUAUUCCUUAUGAGGAACUCUUGUGUAAAGAAGCAAUGCUUUUACACAAUUUUUCUUCGAAAAAUGAACAAAACUCGGGUUCUUACUUCUCUACUAAGCUCUCUUUCGUUCGCCUUUUUAGAACCCUCGAGCAAAAUUUGUGGCGUUUGAGUAAGGUUUUGCGAAGAUCUUUGAGCAGUAUUCGAUUCAGUGAUCAACAAGGCACUGUAUUAUGUAGCAUUUGCAAUCGAGAUUGUUACUUGGCUUACUUGAUUUGCAAUUCAUGCCUUUCUUAUUGCAUUUGCCUUAGCCACGUUUGGGAUGAUGCAACUAAUUGGAUUGAUUGUUCUUGUGGGAGUAAAUGUAAUGCUCUCUUUUUGAGAGAUGGCAUGUCUACAUAUGAGAAUAUUGCUCGAAAAUUCGAGCAACAGGAUGGAAUGUCGUUGGAGAUUCGACUCGAAACAAAGAAUUAUCAUGAGUUUAGUGAGUUUAGGAAGGACUAUUCUGACUACUUCAAAUUGGAAGGAAAAUCAAAAUUCAAGAUUGAUGUGGAAAAUAGUAAAGAGAAAACCAGAAGAAUGGGAGGGAGGGCUCUUAAAUUAUUUCAAAUAAAUGAAUAAAAAUAAAUUUUAUUAUUGAUAUCUGUUAUUUUUUUGACUUUAUUUUUCCAAGAAUAAUGGAAGUGAAUUCUUUAGUUAGUUUUAAAUGAAAACCAGAAUUAUAAUUUCAGAUAA